AUGGUACAACGCGGUUGGCUAGAUAGCUUCAAUCACUGGUUCCAUCACGUGGCAGUCACCCUAGGAGAAACUGUGGCGGCAGUUGAGAUGGAUGAGAAUGGGAAAGCGGUGCGGAAUAUUGGUUACUGCGACCUGUAUAAAACUGCUUACGAGUGUGGUGUAAUGAUACGUCACAAUUUGGAAUUGUGCGGCUUGUCGAAGUAUCCUUAUGAUAGGCAGAACUUUCCACGUGGUGUUGUGGCUCUCAACAUACCAAGGGGAAUCGACUGGUACACAGUAUACCUAGCUUGUCUCUUAGCUGGCAUCCCAACGGUCAGUCUGACUAGUGGUGGGACGGAGGCUUCAGCUACACAGGAGACCGCCAGCUGCAAGACUACUGCUGAAGAUUGCCUGCGGGAAUACGCUUUUGGUGACCGCGACACUGUAGCGUACCACUUUACUGGAGGUACGACUGCAUCGAGUAAAUGUGUCCGUAUCACUUUGGGUAUGGUUAUGCACGAACUUGAGAAAUAUGCUGAAGUUAUUCCCAAGACAUGGAAAGGAGUUGGACGAACUGCUAUCCUCUCAGCACCUUCCAUGGGUGAUAGCAAACUAUCUCCCAUGGAUAAGACCGAAGGUCCGUUCCGCCUCAUAAAGCAUGCUAUGAUAUCCGGACGAUAUGAUACCGUCAUCGCCGGGCUCGUUCCUACUCUAAUGGAUGCGAUGCCAUCUCCCGAGGAGGAGUGGUGGACAAGAGGCACUACCAUACGGAAGAAGAAGCUCUUGGUCUUCACUUGGGGUGAGGCCUGCCCUCAGUCACUCGUUGACAAAUGGAGUAGUGCAACUCUGAUCGAAUUGUUGGUGGCUACCGAGUAUUGGUUAUCUCUAUUCUGUAUACGAUCUGUAACAGUCCGUGGAUGUCGUACUCCUUCCGUGCGGUACGCAACCGUUUCCGGGUGCGAUGUCAGCGCCAAACCUCUGAGUUCUACCGCGGAAGCUGGUACUAUGGUCAUGAGGGGUAGAAUGGUCACUCCUGGGUAUGUCACUGAACCUCUUCACACUGCGCCCAGCAUUGAGGAGAUACCCCUGGCAGUGGAUGGUAUGGUGGAAAGCAUUGCUACUUUCGAAACAGAGGACGUUAUUCGGUUCGUGAAGGACUCAGAGAACGGCGACUCUUCACCCUAUGUAGAGUGCUUGGGUCGAGAGGGGGAUCUCAUUAAGGUUGGUGGAGCAUUCGCCGCAAUUCCAGCUCUAGAGGGUACGAUAUCGCAAAAGUUCGGAAGCGGGACGAAGGUGUACCUGAUGGUGGCACAUGAAGUCCUUGGUGGAGAGAUUCAUGUCGUGGUGCAAGUAGGCUAUGAGUGCCGUCUCAGUGUGCCAGAAGCGAUAGCAGCUGUACGAGCGAACGAUGCCAUCCCGGAAGAUGCUUCCUAUCGAGAAGCCUAUGAACUCGGUGGAGGGCUCUCUGUGAAGUCCGCGGCGAGUAUUUCCAUCUUGGCAAGUAUCUGUUGGAACAGCGUCCAACCAGUCCGACUCAUCUUGUCGAUCCUUGCAGCAUUGAUGGUCUAUUAUCCACUGUUGGAUUAUGGCGCUAUCACAGUGCAGUCGGAUACAGCCCCUGUAUUCGGUUCCUCGAUCGAUACGAAGGAUUGUUUGGAGCGUAUGGCAAUGCGCUGGGCUGAGGUCGAACGAGGACACGCGGUGGCUCCCCACGCAAGCGAGAUCGCUGGUAUCGGUGUGAAGUUGCGAGAUGCUGCAAAACUAAAGGGAAUUCGGAAUGUUGGUUUCGGGAGAGCCACGGUGAAUGGAGAUGGAUAG